CGGGGAAGGGCUGCGAGGAUUCCCUUUCCCGCCGGGGUGGGCCACUGGCGCCCCCGGCCGCGGAGAGGCAGCCGCGGGCCCCGCGCCCUCCAGGACUGUUGGAGGUGAGGGAGGUGGGGUGAGGUGGUGCCCGCCCCUCCCUCCGGCUCCUCCUCCCCCGGCCCUCCCCUCCUGCCGCCCUCCCCUACCGGUAGGUCCCUCCCCGCCCUCCCCCUGCCGCCUCCUCCUGCCGCGGCCGCUCCUUUGGCUGCUGCGUCAUACGCCCCAGAGCCGCCGGGACCGAGGGGCUGGGCCUGGGGACCCCCGGGCCUCCGCCUGCACGCCCCCCCGACGCCCGGACGUGCCCUCCCCGCGCGGAGGGCUCGCCCGCUCUCCCACGUCGGCUCCUGCCCAGCCCCCGGCGGCCCCAGCUGUCAUCGGGGUGAUUGUGCUGAAUGAGACAGGCAGGCCUGAGGAGACUGCUGUUUCUACUCUAGAAAACAUCUCCAGAAAAGCUCCAAAACACAUUUCUGGGAUACAGAGAAACCCAAUUAUGCUACCUCCUAACAGCUGAGGAAGGUGAUAGGAUACCUCCAAACAGCUGGGGAAGGUGAAAUCGAGCGGUCACCUCUGCUUCUGCAACCAUCAUUUCCCCUAAGAUCUCAAGGCCACAAUUUAGUCCCAGGAGAUCUCUGGAAGCUGGGGAACUAGAGAACUAGAUCAGGGAGCUGCUUAGGGAGAGGAGAACUAGUCACCAGAGUUGGAAGAGCUGCAGUCAAGAACUGGAGUGACCAGUGGUUUCCCAAGCUUUGCAGACUGGGAGUGCAGAUGUUUGGUCCUUGAUCUUUCACAGAAAAAUAGGCAAAGGAAACAGGGAAGCUCUCUUGACUUUCAUAACCUUCUCUCCUCAUCUCUGGCUAGACCCCCCUCCCCAGGAUGCAAUGGCGCAGCUCCCCCGGCUGAGCCGCUCUGGUGCUCCCUCUCUUUGGGACCCAGCUUCCCCAGCUCCCACCUCAGGCCCCAGACCUCGACUUUGGGAGGGUCAAGAUGUGCUGGCCAGAUGGACAGAUGGGCUCUUGUACUUGGGCACCAUCAAGAAGGUGGACAGUGCUCGGGAGGUGUGUCUGGUCCAGUUUGAGGAUGAUUCCCAGUUUCUAGUUCUAUGGAAAGACAUUAGCCCUGCUGCACUCCCUGGGGAGGAACUCCUUUGUUGUGUCUGUAGAUCUGAGACUGUGGUCCCUGGGAACCGGCUGGUCAGCUGUGAGAAAUGUCGCCAUGCUUAUCACCAGGACUGUCAUGUUCCCAGAGCACCAGCCCCUGGAGAAGGAGAGGGCACAUCCUGGGUCUGCCGCCAGUGUGUCUUUGCAAUUGCUACCAAGAGAGGAGGUGCACUGAAGAAGGGUCCCUAUGCCCGGGCCAUGCUGGGCAUGAAGCUGUCUCUUCCAUAUGGACUAAAGGGGCUGGAUUGGGACGCUGGACAUCUGAGUAACCGACAACAGAGCUACUGUUACUGUGGUGGCCCUGGGGAGUGGAACCUGAAAAUGCUGCAGUGCCAGAGCUGCUUGCAGUGGUUCCAUGAGGCCUGCACCCAAUGUCUGAGCAAGCCCCUUCUCUAUGGUGACCGGUUCUAUGAGUUUGAAUGCUGUGUGUGCAGGGGGGGGCCUGAGAAGGUCCGGAGGCUACAGCUUCGCUGGGUGGAUGUGGCCCAUCUUGUACUCUAUCACCUCAGUGUUUGUUGUAAGAAAAAAUACUUUGACUUUGACCGAGAGAUCCUCCCCUUCACCUCUGAGAACUGGGACAGUCUGCUCCUGGGGGAGCUUUCAGACACCCCCAAGGGAGAACGUUCUUCCAAGCUUCUCUCUGCUCUUAACAGCCACAAGGACCGUUUCAUUUCUGGGAGGGAGAUUAAGAAGAGGAAAUGUUUGUUUGGUCUCCAUGCUCGGACCCCUCCUCCUGUGGAGCCCCCUGCUGGAGAUGGAGCCCCUACCAGCUUCCCUUCAGGGCAGGGCCCUGGGGGAGGGGUCUCACGUCCCCUGGGGAAGCGACGGAGGCCGGAGCCAGAGCCCCUGAGGAGGCAGAAGGGGAAGGUGGAGGAGCUGGGGCCACCCUCAGCAGUGCGCAAUCAGCCCGAGUCCCGGGAGCAGAGGGAGAGGGCUCGUCUGCAGAGGGCACUGCAGGCCUCUGUGUCACCACCAUCUCCCAGCCCUAACCAGAAUUACCAGGGCAGCAGGGGCUAUAACUUCCGGCCCACAGAUGCCCGCUGCCUGCCCAGCAGCCCCAUCCGGAUGUUCGCUUCCUUCCACCCUUCUGCCAGCACCACAGGGACCUCUGGGGACAGUGAACCCCCAGACAGGUCACCCUUGGAACUUCACAUUGGCUUCCCCACAGACAUCCCCAAAAGUGACCCCCACUCGAUGAUGGCCUCAUCUUCCUCAGUCCCAGCCCCUUCCCCAGGUCUUCCUAGACAUUCAGCACCCCCUUCUCCCCUGUGCCACACUUUCUCUCCUGGGACUGGAGGAGGAAUCCGAGGUGGGGUUGGCUACCUAUCUCGAGGGGACCCUGUUCGGGUCCUUGCUCGAAGAGUAAGGCCUGAUGGCUCUGUGCAGUACCUGGUUGAGUGGGGAGGAGGGGGCAUCUUCUAAACAGCCUGCCCCUGCCUACCUCCCCAUUUGCACACAUCGGCACUUUCAUACCCUGACCUCUGACCUCACCUACAGCUGGGAUGUACCUGGAGGGAUAGGGGGUCAUUCUCCCUACUGCCCAGGCUGGAAUCCAAAGGGGGAUGGGGAAGAGACUCUCUUCUCUACCCACUUCAUGAUUCCUGACCCCCUCAUUCUUCUUCCUAUUCCUUUUGAUGUUAUUUUGUUACAGCUUUUUAAAUAUUUUUAAAAAUUAUUUAACCCCUGGGUGCAAAGACUGAGGAGGGGGAUAUGAUAAAGGAUCCCAGAUUCUCUAUGACUGAAAUAAAGAGAAAUAAACUAG